AGCGACAAUCUGUAGGACAACAAUUCUCGGCAUGGCCGCCAGGGGUAGUGGUUUCCCGACAGCCGCAGCCGCAGCAAGCGGAGGGUGCGUUCCCGCAGCAACAGGGAAGAUGGCAGCGCUCACAUCUCUCAGCCAGAUGUCAAGUGGGAGCCCUGUCUUUGAAAACUUUUACAGACAGGUGGAUCCAGGAAACACUGGGAGAGUGGGACCAACAGAAGCUGCGCUGUUCUUGAAAAAGUCGGGACUUCCAGACCUCACACUGGGAAAGAUUUGGGAUUUGGCUGACCCGGAUGGAAAAGGUUACCUAGACAAACAGGGCUUUUACGUGGCUCUGAGGCUGGUAGCGUGCGCGCAGAGCGGCCAUGACAUCAGUCUGUCCAGCCUCAACCUCACUGUCCCGCCCCCUAAGUUUAAAGACAGCAGCAGUCCUUCUUUCGGCACUUCAGCUGAACCGCACUGGGCCGUCAGGCCAGAGGAGAAGAACAAAUUUGAUGGGAUUUUUGAAAGUUUGUCGCCGGUCAGCGGCCUGCUGUCAGGAGAGAAAGUGCGACCCGUCCUGAUCAACUCAAAGCUGCCUCUGGACAUCCUUGGAAAGGUUUGGGACCUGAGUGACAUCGACAAAGACGGCCAUCUUGACAAAGAUGAGUUUGCUGUGGCCAUGCACCUGGUGUACCGGGCACUGGAGAAGGAGCCCGUUCCGGCCCACCUGCCCUCCACCCUCAUCCCUCUGUCAAAGAGGAAGAAAAGUUUGGGCUCUGUGGGCGGUGCCGUGCCCGCGCUGCCCGCAAGCCCUCCGCCACCCAAAGAUUCCCUGCGUUCCACGCCGUCCCACGGCAGCAUGAACUCCCUGAAUAGUACGGGCAGCCUGUCCCCCAAACACACUCUGAAGUCUGGACAGACUCAGCAUUCCGUCAACUGGGUGGUCCCCAUGUCAGACCGUGGUCGCUAUGACGACAUCUUCCUGAAGACAGACGCCGACCUGGAUGGUUUUGUGAGUGGGCUGGAAGUGAAGGAGAUCUUCAUGCAGUCUGGUCUCUCCCAGGGUGUACUUGCACAUAUUUGGGCCCUGGCCGACACCAGACAAAUAGGCAAGCUGACCAGGGAGCAGUUCUCCCUUGCCAUGCAUCUCAUCCAGCAGAAGGUCAGCAAGGGUGUGGACCCACCUCAGUCUCUGACGGCUGACAUGAUUCCACCUUCUGAGAGAGGAACUCCAGUCCCAAGUAUGUCGGGGUACAUGACGCCAGUGGGAUCAGAGAUUGCUGCACUGUCUGAGAUGAGAAGGGCCAUAAUGUUCAAGUUGUGGGACAGUUCCAGCUCGGUGGGUUCAGGCGAGUUUACAGGCAUCAAGGAGCUGGACGACAUCAGCCAGGAGAUAGCCCAGCUGCAGAGCACUCUUGCCUUUACCCAGUGGAAUACUAUCAGGGAGAAGUACACUCUGGAGCAGGACAUCAGGGAGACAGAAGAGGCCAUCAGGCAUAAGAGUGCUGAGGUGCAGGAGAUGCAGAACGAGCUUGACCGAGAGACGUCUUGCCUGCAGGAGCUAGAGGCACAGAAACAGGAUGCCCAGGAGCGCCUGGAGGAGAUGGACCAACAGAAACAUAAACUGGAGGACAUGCUGAAUGAGGUCCAGAUAAAAUGUCAGGAGGAGUCUCAGAUGAUCUCAACACUCCAGAAUCAGAUCCAUUCUCAGGAGUCAGACCUGCAGAACCAGGAGGAGGAGCUAAGCCGGGCCAAGGCAGACCUGGGCAGGCUGCAACAGGAGGAGGACCAACUGGAGCAGAGUCUGGCGGCGGGCAAGAUCCAACUAGAGACCAUCAUCAAGUCCCUGAAGGCCACGCAGGAUGAGAUCAACCAGGCACGCAGUAAGUUGUCCCAAAUCCAGGACAGCCAACAGGAAGUCUCAAAAAGCAUUGAACAAUACAACAGCACUUUGAAUGGAACCCACGGGGGUAGCAUGACCAACCUCGCGGACAUGAGUGAAGGCUUCAGCGAUAGAGAAAACGGAACCUUCCCAUCCAUGGGGACAGCUUCCCAGGAGGAUCCAUUCAAAGUGAAGCCCUCAGUGUUUAACAGCCAGCCUCAAGAACUUCACACUGACCCCUUCCACUCAGAAGACCCGUUCAGGACCGACCCUUUCAAAGGUGACCCUUUCCAAAAUGACCCCUUUGCAAAGCCACCAGCACCACCUGCAGAUCCAUUUGGGGGCGACCCCUUCAAAGAGACUGACCCGUUCAAGGCUUCGUCUGAAGAUUUCUUCAAGAAAACAACAAAGAUGGAUCCCUUUGGAGCAUCAGACCCCUUCAGCAAGAGUGCCACGUUACCCUCCAAGCAGCAAAUCAGUCACUUCACAAGCAGUGACCCGUUCUCCGCAAGUAAUCCCAAAUCCAAAGGAGCAGACUUGUUUGGCGCUUUGGAUCCGUUUGGCAGCGGCGCGUUCAACAGCAGUAACAGCUCAGCUGGCUUUGCAGACUUCAGCCACAUGGCCAAGCCCCGAGACCCUUUCGAGGGCCGUGCCAGCUGGCAGCCAGACUACCAGAAGGCUGCAUUUGUGGAUGAUCCAUUUGUCAGAAAGAACGACACACCCGCCCUGCCACCCAAGAAAGGGGUUCCCCCAAGACCAAAACCCCCCAGUGGUGAGUGUAAGAGUACACCAGUGAGCAUGUCAGCGGACCCUUCCAAACCAUGUGACCCCUUCCAACCAUUCGGCAGGGACGCCGUGGACCCAUUCCAGAGUAAAAAGGGCCUUGGAGAUCCUUUCAGCGGCAAAGACCCUUUUGCUCCAUCCUCAGCAUCAAGACCUGACAAAGUGAAGUUUGGCAACGAGGCUCAGCAGCUGGAGUGGGCCAAGCGAGAGAGCGAGCGGGCCGAGCGUGAGCGUCUGAAGCGUCUGAGGCAGCAGGAGCAGGAGGACCUGGAGCUUGCCAUCGCUCUCAGCAAGGCAGAGAUGUCCAACGCGUGACCGGAACCGCUCCGUGACUGGAUAUUGACACCAGAAGACAAACUUUUGAGUUUAUGGGCGUUCAAACACACACACACACACACACACACACACACAGAAAGAAAACCACUCCAAGGCACACGAAAACACCAAUCAAGACAGAUCAUCAGUGUAAACUCUCUGGGACGAAGAGAAGAAGCCAGUGAUGUGUUCACUGGACCAAGCCAAUCUUGAAGGCGCGCUAGCUCGCAGCCACUCAGUAACUUUAAGGAGGGUUAAGGAAGUUCUUUCAAGGGAUUUCAGUACACUGAUAACAUGUUGGACUGAGUGGUUCUGGUGCUAAUAAACGCUCCAGGCUGACUUCAUGUAGACAGGACUAGACGCUCCUCACCAUUUAGAACCUCAACCUCAUGUUGUUGUCUUGCUUGUCAUGGAAAGCUCAUCAAUAAUUCACUGUGAUAAGAAAAGCUCCACUGGACCCUGCUAAGCUAGGCUACAUUCACAUGGCUAACUUGGCCAAUGCUGUGGUUAUUGUCCUUCAUGAUCACUCCUCAUAGAAGUCCAGUCCCCCUCGUGUCGCAUUUUAUUCUGGACUAAGUUUAAGCCUUCCUGAAGUGACGCAAUGUUUGCGCUUGCUGGAUUUUUACAAAUUUUACUGCUUUUUUUUUAGCUUUUAUUUCUAACCAAGGACAGAAAAUUGGCAACGUUAGCAUGCUCUUUAUGUAGUUGCACAUGGGCUUUUUAACAGGAUGGUUGGACUCUUCUCAACGGUUUCCCAAUAGGAUAAAAGACACUUGGUGUGGCGAGCUAAACAGUAUUAAUGUGUGUGUGCACGUGUGUGAGACUAGGCCUAGACAUGUUAUUCCUGCAAACAUGUUCUCUGCAGCCACACAACAGAUCGCACACCUUUUUAUUUUGAAUUUUUGAGUGUGAAAUUGUACAUGGACGUGAUGAGGGAAUUUCAGCUGUUUUUUUUUUUAACAAAUGUUUUUGCGCUUUUUAUUUUCGCGAGCGGCUUGUGACUUCAACAUGUUUUAAUGUUAAAACGGCGCGCUGUAGUUGACUUUGACAGGGGGAGCGUACCAACAGGCGACUGGAAAGAUGUGAAACAUGUCUCACACGUCAUCAUUUGUUGACCACUCAACUUGCUUGAAGCUGCGAAUGGAAGACGCUCUGUGCAGAGAUGACGUCAACGUAUCACCUCAGAAAUGCACAGUGGUGUGGAAGUGUUUGCCCCAUCAGACUAAUGUAAAUAUUAGUCUUUGACAACACAACAGAACACAAAAUUCAGCUUUUAAAGGAAACUUUAAACUGCUCAGGCCACUCUUAACAGCAGCAACUGCAAUCAAGUGUUUGCGUCAAUUUGCAAUGAGUCUUUUACAGGGCUGUGGUUGUAAUUCUGCCACACUGGAGGGUUUUCCAGCAUGAACUGCUUUUUUCAGGGCAUGCCACAGCAUCUCAAUAAGAUUCAGGACAGAACUUUGACUGAUCAGAUGGUCGGACAUUCUCCUUCAGGAUUUUUUGGUAGACAGCAGAAUUCAUGGUUCCAUUUAUCACAGCAAGGCUUCCAGGUCCUGAAGCAGCAAAACAGACCCAGACCAUCACACUACCACCACUAUAUUUUACUGUUGGUAUCUUUUUCUGAAAUGCGGCACUAUUACGCCAGACGUAAUAGUGGGACUCCUAAAAAGUUCAACUUUUGUUGUGUCAGAUAACGUAUUUUCCUAAAGGUCUUGGGGAUCAUCCAGAAAAUGGAGAUGAGCCUUAAUCUUUUUUUUGUUCAGCAGUGGUUUUCCUCUUGGAACUCUUUCAUGCUGGAGGUUUUUUCCUGGUGUCUUUCGUAUGGUGGGAUCAUGACCUUAACUGAGGAAUGAGAGGCUCCUAGCGCUUUGGAUGUUGUGGGGUCUUUUGUGACUUCUUGAAUAAGUGCUUACUGCGCUCUUGGGGUAAUUUUGGUUGGCUGGCCACUCCUGUGAAGGUUCACCACUGUUCCAUGUUUUCGCCAUUUGAGGGUAAUGGCUCUCACUGUGGUGCACUGGAGUCCUAAAGCUUUAGAUAUGGCUUUUUAACCUUUUCCACACUGUUAGAUGUCAAUUCAUCUUAUGUUUUAAUCACUUUUUCACACAAGGUCAUGUAGGUUUGAAGUUUUUUCUUCAGUUUAAUUUAAAAAACACAUUUUCUCUGCAGUUGUGUUGUCAUUGACUAAUAUUUAAAUUUGAUCUGAUGAUCUUAAACAUUUAAGCAUGACAAACAUGCAAAAAAGACACCAGGAAAGGGGCAAACCCUUUCACACCACUGUAUUGUAUUUAUCAUGUCACGAGCUAGUUUUUGCUUCCUUGGGUUGCUGAUGCUGAUUUUGGUUGUCAAUCAAAGCCACUGUUGGGUGCUACUGUAAUGAUACAGUACUGGAUGAAUGCUAUAAUACUUACAUAUGUUUGUAUCAUGCAGAAACAUAAUUUCAAGACCAAUUAUCACAUUUAAUGACUUAAUGAAGUAUUCUUCCUGGCCACCAGAAGCAGCAGUUGUUGAACAAACCACAAAAAACUUUAAAAAAAAAGCUACAAAUGUUCUAUUGGAUAACCUGUGGAUAGUUAGUCAUACAGUACCUGAAGUGUUUGGAGGCAGUUGCUCAUUUAAUAGCAGAGGAAAUGUCUCCAAACCAGUGCUGUCUACUGAAUCUAUGUGAUGAAAUAUCCACCCAGGACCGUACAAAAAGAUGACUUUGUACUGUACAACGAACAAAUGACUUCUUAUUCCACUAACUUGAACAUUGUUUGACCCAAAUGCUUGCAUGGAACUCCUUUUAAUGUGAAAAUUGGUUAAGUUUAAGUUGGGAGGCUGCCACGUUUAGAAAUUUCUUAUAAACGAGUGGCUUGAUGUUUCCAGGAUUAUUUGCCAACAAUCCCAAAACGGGACCUUGUAUCUUUUCGGUUAGGAAUGUGGCAGGAUAUGUUGCUCAUUGGCAGGUAGCUGCUACAUCGCCACUAUUGCUCCUUGUCCACUUGUGGUGGAAAAGUGCUAGCAUAAUCAGAAAAGACCCCACAAAUCGUAUUGCUGUCAGCUGCAGUGGAGCACUUGAGUACAUUUUAGAUGUUUGUUUCUAACCUCAUCUGUUCCAUCAAGCCCUACUGUGAACCUUUGACCUCAGCUGUGCAGCGUGUACUGCUCUUACGGUACCGUCGUUCAUACUGUACUUGUCUCCAUUGUGCAAUAGAUGUUAUAUUUUUUUGGUGUUUUUCACCAGUUGGAUGUUUUAUGCACUUGCAGCCUCUCCAUAAUGCUUCUGAUUCAUUUGGGGGAAAUGACUGACAAAUGCUUUUGGAAGUCUAAGUGAGCGUUAGAAGUUAAGUUUUAACAAUGUUUCUAAGAAUGCUGACAAGCCGUUAACCUUUCAUGUUCCUCCUCCUCCUCCUCCCCUCCUUAAUCCCAGCUGUUUUUCUAUGGAAAUGCAUAACGGUGUGUAUAGUUCCAUGUCUCUUCUGUAAAAUGUUACAAAGCGGAGGGCUGCGUCUCCUGUUUACUUAUGUUGACAAAAAAACUGACUUCUACCUAACGUGUCUCCUUUUCUUCAUUGGC